AUGCCCUUGGAGACUUGGCUGCGCAAAAUACUAGUUACGGCAGCUCGUUAUCUAACGGCUAUGCGCAUACGAAUGAUUCCACAACCAACGGAAGCAGCGCGUCACCGAGGGAAGGAAGCUUUUCGCAAAGUCAAUGACUUGUUGUCAUGUUCAUUACCGAUAUCUCUAGACGGUACGAUACCCAGCUUGACAGUACGCGACCAACCGGAUCGUCCUUUUCGAGCUAUCUUCCAAGAUUUUUCCGGGUGUCGGAUUCUGAACACGGAAACGCUGUUGCAACUUGCGACGCGCUUGUCAUAUUGUAAAGCCAAUUAUCUGUUUGUCAAUUUCGAAGUGCGCACCACAGAUCGUUACCAGUUACCAUAUACCAACCGUGACCUUUUCCAUAUGAUGCAAGUGUGCGAGGAAUUGUUUGUAACGGUGCAUAAGAAUAAUUUCGUUUUGCAGUUGGUGCCCUCUAUAGACACUCAGUCAAAUUACAUCGAAGCCGGUGCUGCACGUGAGAUAAUUGAACAUUUCCUGGAUGAUUUCCCUCUUAGCAAAACUGCACAUUUUGGACCAAAUUUGUCCAGCAUACUUAUUGCUAACAGGAAAGUGCUUGCGAGCAUCCAGCGACGUGUACCGAGAAUUUUCUUAUCCUCUCAUGUAGACGAGAAGAAUGCUGCAUUGCUUUCGUCCAUUCCCACUUAUGUAACACUAUGCAUUGAAGGAAGUUAUCCAUUUGAUGCAGAUAAACUGCUGUCGCCAAGAGUUUCGAUUGUUUUGAGAUUCUCUACAGGAGAUGACGGUUACUUAUGCGCUGCUCCUGAUUCUACGGCUAAGAAGGCUAUGUUGGCUGCAAGGCUGGGUGAAAACUGCAAUGUACUA